AUGGCGUCCCAAGACAAUCAGAAUCCUCGACUCAUCAAGGGAGAUACGGUCUACGCUGACUAUAACCACAUUCAUUUAAAGAAACUCUGCAGUCUUAGGGGCUUAAAACAGCCGCAGCACGCAACAGAGCAACAGCUGCUUCAGUUGCUUCUCGGAGAAGACAGCAAUGGCCGCCACUACGAAAGCUGGGAAAGGCCUUAUCUUAAGGUAGUUUUUACUCAUCGCGGAUUACCGCGGUAUGAUAAAGGAACCCCUCGACAGAGAAUAGCUCAAAUACUCAGACAAGACGAUGAGGGACGUGCCUUCGCCCCGCCGCCGCCUACUUCCCUGCUCGAAAUUUUUGGUUUAGAUAAUGAUGAGAGCGAUUAUGAGCGCACACCUCAGCCUGAUGAUUCCGAGUCCUCGGAUAGUGAGGGGGAAUCUGAUCGCUCAGAAUCCCAAAGCUCAGGCAUCCGACCUGAAAGCUCCCCGCCGCAUAGCCCGGGCUCGUCAAGUCAGCUAAGAAGUAGCGACGUGCCCUAUGAAACCAUUGAAACGGGGGCCUCAGAAACCAACCAACAAUCGGCACCGAAUGACGCUGUUGCUGGCCUUGUACAGGAAUGUGCCGAAUGUCACUUAAAGGUUGAAAACAUCUCUGACAAGUUACAAGCCCUACCUCAGUACAUCCAAAUGGCCAAGACUUCCAAUAUAAAACCCCUAUGGAAGCUGGUAAAUACUAUGUCCCGUCAGGCAGGGGAAGAUGUCAAUAACAUACGCAUACAACAAGUGCAAAUCCAACGACUCAUGUCACUUACCGGGAAAUUCGUGGUUAGUUCCUUCUAAAAGAA